AUGAAGAAAUAUAUUGCUUCAUUUGAGGGCAUGUGGAAUGAAAGAGGAGUUACCAUUAUGUGUGAUGGAUGGAGUGAACCAAUCAGAAUGAGUAUAAUUAAUUUUCUAGUCUACUCUCCUCGUGGAACAGUGUUCCAUAAAUUCAUAGAUGCAAGUAAUGUUGAACGAAAAGAUGGAGAAUAUUACUUCAAGAUCAUGAAGGAGGUGGUUGAAGAAAUUGGCCUAAGCAAAAUUGUCCAAGUGGUGACUGAUAAUGAAGCUGCUAUUCAAUCUGGUGGCAAAAAGUUGAUGGAGAAGUUUCUAAAUUUGUAUUGGACAGCAUGCAUUGCACAUUGCAUUGAUUUAAUUUUAGAAGAUUUUGGAAAGAGGAAGAAUAUAAAGGCCGUCAUUGAGCAAGGAAAAGUUAUCACCCAAUUUAUUUACAAUCAUAAUUGGGUGGUAAAUUACAUGAAGAAAUUUACUGAUGGUCGAGAUAUAAUUCGCCCCGGGAUUACUAGAUUUGCAACUAAUUUUAUUGCAUUGGAGAGUCUUCUUCGAUGUAGAACGGGGUUAAGAAACAUGUUUGAAUCCGAGCAAUGGGUAGGAAGUAAAUAUGGUCAGGCUACCAGUGGACCAGCUUAUGAAGCUAAGAAAAUUGUUCUUAGCUUGGAUAGAGAGGGAAGAAAUUUUUGGGAGAAAGCCGAGCAGAUUAUGAAAAUCCAAGAGCCAUUGCUUAAAGUGUUGAGAUUAGUGGAUGGUGAUGAAAAACCAACAAUGAGAUUUAUAUAUGAAGCAAUGGAACGAGCAAAAUUGGCCAUUAAGCAAAAUUCCAGAAGUUACAUAGACUAUUGGAAAAUUAUAGAUGCUUGUUGGAAUUUUCAAUUACAUCAUGAUUUGCAUGCGGCUGGAUAUUUUUUGAAUCCUCAAUAUCAGUAUGGUCCAUACGAUAUUGGAAAUGAUAGUGAAAUUAUGGCAGGCCUUAAAAAUGUUAUUCAAAGGCUAGAGAGUGAUUUGGUAAAUCAAGCCCAUGCAUUGAACCAAACACAACUUUAUAAGCAUAAAAUGGAGAGUUUUGGAUCCGUCUUAGCACAAAAAGCCAUUAAAUUCACUGAUCCAGCUUAA